CCGCCCAGUCCGCCCUCCCGGUGGUGCUGAAAAGGACAGUGCCAGGUUCCCCGAAGCCUCAGUCGGGGGGGAGAUGGCUUCCCAGCAAGGAGAAACCGGGGUCAGGCAGAGGAGGGAGGCUGAUCCCGCGGCCGAUCUGUCCGGCCCUUCGCGGUGGUUUACCUGGGACGAGAUCGGGCUGCGCACUGGCCAGGGAGACCCGCCACAGGAGCGCUGGCUGGUGAUCGACAGGAAAGUCUAUGACGUCAGCCGCUUCUACAGGAGGCACCCAGGGGGUUCUCGGACCAUCGCAAGCUUCGCAGGGCAGGACGCCACGGAUCCUUUCACAGCCUUUCAUGUUGACAAGACUCUAGUAAGGAAGCACAUGGCGUCACUUUUGAUUGGGGAAUUGGCAUCUGAUCAGCCCAGCUUUGAACCUAGUAAAAAUAAAUUAUUAGUAGAAGAUUUUCGGGAGCUGGUGUCCACUGUUGAAAAGAUGGGACUCUUCAAGCCAAACCAAUUCUUCUUUUUCCUGAUGUUUCUGCAUAUUUUACUGCUGGAUGCUGCUGGCUGGUUUGUGAUGUGGUAUUUUGGGACAUCUAUAACACCUUUUCUUCUUGCGACACUUUGUUUGACCCUUGCACAGUCUCAAGCAGGCUGGCUGCAACAUGAUUUGGGACAUCUUUCAGUCUUCAGCACUCCAAAAUGGAACCAUCUUUUUCAUGAAUUUGUGAUGUGCCAUUUAAAGGGACUUUCAGCUCAUUGGUGGUCUUUGUACCAUUCCCAGCAUCAUGCUAAACCCAACUGUUUCCAGAAGGACCCAGAUGUUUCUAUUCAUCCCGUUUUUUUUUCAUUAGGGGAACCUCUUUCUUUGGAGUUCGGUUUGCAGAAAAAGAAAUACAUGCCUUAUAACUAUCAGCACAAAUAUUUUUUCUUUACAUUGCCACUGCUUAUAGGGCCAGUUUUUCAUGUUUACUCAUUGUACUUUAUAUUCCAGCGCAAACUCUGGAGGGAAAUGGCAUGGACUUUUGCAUAUUUUAUCCGAUUCUUUAUUGCCUUCUACCCCAUAAUGGGAUUCAAGGGUGUUCUGGGAUACCUUCUUCUUUUGAAUGUUCUUGAGAGUAUCCUAUUUACAUGGAUAUCGCAGACAAAUCAUCUUCCUAUGCACAUUGAUCAUGAUAAAAACAUGGAUUGGUUCUCUACACAGCUUCAGGCAACAUGCAAUGUGAAUCAAUCUUUUUUCAAUGACUGGGUAACGGGGCACCUGAAUUGUCAAAUUGAGCACCAUCUCUUCCCUACGAUGCCUCGGCACAACUUUUGGAAGGCGACUCCUUUGGUGAAAUCCAUGUGUGCCAAACAUGGAAUUGAAUAUCAAUCAAAACCCCUCUUUAUUGCCUUGGCUGACGUUGUGCAUUCCUUGAAGGUUGCAGGGGAAAUCUGGUUCAAAGCAUAUCAUUGUGAACAGAAAAUACCAAAUUCUAAAAUCUGCCUUCAACAAGGGAAGGCGGGUGAAGAGACAUGAAUGGAUCUGAGAUGGACCUGACAGGCUUCAGGGAUAGAAAACCUAAAGUAAUUUGUGGAUGAAACAGAAUGCUUGGAGCGACUUUGGGUCUCAGCUGAACUUUUGGCAUGUUUCCUAAUGAAUAUAAACAUUGCAAGCAACACAUUUUUUUUUCUUUCCUGCUUUUGGGUCUUGAAUGCAUCAUAAAGAUGCAGGCUUCUCAAAAAUGUUCAUUGAAUUGCUUUGUUGCUGUUUUUACACUUCAUGCCUCUUUUGCAAUGGUCAGGAAAAUAAACCUAAUGGCUGUUAUAAUGGAUCUUGGAUUAGGGAAUGAGACUAGGCCACAUCAACAGAUACAAAACAUACCUCCCAUUUUGUCUUCAUCAUUUGGAGAUUCCGUGUAAGGAUCUGCCCCAGCUGGUCCCCCAGGAAAGUAAAACACUUGAAUCCAUGCAAUUGACUCAAAAGAACUUUUACUGAGAGAAAGUGGUUACAAGAAAGUCAGGCGGAAUCUGAAGAUCCUACUCAAUGCACACAGCUAUUCUUUUGUUUUCCCCAACUCCCAACACACACACACCCUGACCAGUCCACCUGCAGCCAAUAUGAUGUUGUGAAUAUGUUUUGAGAACACUGAUGGGCAGAUAGGUGGAAUUCCACAUUCAACAGCUGAGAUUGGGCUUUCCCCCAAAAAAUGUGCCAUGAAUUCCGAAGCCUUUGAGAAAAAAGUGCUUUUCAAUUACAAGUUCAAAUUGAAAAUUUAGAUAAGAAGUUUGAUAAAAUAACAAUGGUUUUAAAACAACCCAAAGAUGAUGCUCAGAUACAAGUAACAGCAGCUAAGCAGAUUUACAGUGGGACAGAUUGGAAUCUAAUUUAUUGCUGAUGGAUUUGAAAGAGAAGAAGUUUGAUUUGAAACUUAUUAGGCUUGUUGGAGAAGGCUAAAGGAGGAAUGGAUUCUAAAGACUUAAAGAGCUGACAGAACUGAUGGUAAUGAACUGGACUUUCUUAAGAAGAUUGAUAGAAACUGGGGAAUGAACUUAUUAUAUCCAAGUAGAAAAAAAAUUGAACAGCAAGUGCUGCAGAUAUAUCUACAACAGAGACUUAUGAUUUUGGGGAAUGAGAU